AUGUUUCAUACGGAGCUGUCUGCCGACGCAUGUAUUCUUUUCGUUAAUAACCCGCAAUACUUUGUCAUACUCGGAGCUGUGGGUAUAAAAAUGGCAUUCACUGUGUUGGGGUACGCUCAAACACAGUCGAACAAGUCUGUGCAGCGAGCAUGUGUGAGAGUGUUUUCUAAAAAGUCACCAAUGGCAAUGCAGAUUUGGAAAGAGCAUAAAAAAUUCAAAGCGGAAGGCUAUCUGUACAGGGUAAAAGGAUCCGGACGACCGCUAACAUCGGAGGAGACGGUCGAGCAAGUUCGCCAAAAACUCUUGCGAAGCCCCAAGAAGUUCAUAAGAAGAACAAGUCUGGAAACCCAGAUUCCUCCAACGACAGUUCGGGGCGUCCUGAGGAAACGCUAGCUAAUGAAACCCUACACGCUGCAGCUUGUUCAGGCCACAACGGCAGAUGAAAUCGUUCAUGGGAUCCACAUACAUUUGGAUUUCUCAUUCAAAUUUGGAGGAAUAAAUCUUAUGUUGCUCGACA